AUGGCGCUGUCCAUGGCUGGCACGAAUACACUAUCUACUGGAUGAUAUAUUUGUUUUAAACAGGUUUUGGGUUUGUUCGUGAGUUUAAUAAACCAGUAGGCACUACAGAAUUUCUUUUUUUUUAAAUUAUUUUUACUGUUGUUGAUGUGAAACACAAAGGACAAAGCAUGUCGGGGUCAAAUGUAUGGAGUCGUAGCCGAGAGAGACUGAGACGGUUCCCUGAACUGUUAGCUCAGUGUGCAGAUGAGUUGUAUAGACAUAUCACCAUAACUGGAGUGAAUAAAAAUGGACACUCCACUUUAGAGGCAGCCGUUUAUGGGAAGUGUGUUGCUGCUACAACAACUGGUAAACGGGAGCUGAAGAAGGAUCUGUGUGCUACAGAGUUUGAGGCACUGAAGACCUGUUUUACAAACGCAGCCAAGAAGAAAACCAGAUGACACAUUUGGACUGAUCUGUGGGAGAAAACUUUCCAAGUGGAGCUUUGAUGUGAUGUUAUAAUAGGGCAGACAAACUAUUUCAUUUCAGUCGAUAUUUAUACAAACCAGCAAUCAAUAAUGUUGAAUAUAUUUUAUUGGAUCUUUUUAUAAGCAAAAUAUUAUACAUAGAAAAAUCUGCUUGUAAAAAUGAUCUUGAUCGUCACAGGAGAGACCAGAAAAUACAGACUUGAUUUCCAA